CUGCUAGAACAUCCAUCUGUGGGUGAGGGAGGGGCACCUGCACGAGUCUGACUGCGUUGCUUUCAGGUUAUCAGCACGUCGUCAGAGCUGAGUGCUCAGUCUCAGCAGGAGCCAGCAGGCAUCACAAGUUCAGGUCCUGCUCGUCUAAAGGAUCUCCUUUGAGCUGGUUGGUAUCAAACAAAUAAAAAGGAGCUGCUGCAGGACAAAGGCGAGAAAUCAUGACACAAGGCAAGCUGUCACUUUCUAACAAGGAUAACAAUGGCUCCACCAGUGAACAGGCUUUUGUGCCACCAUCUCCCCCCAUAUAUGAGGAGUCGAUUGCAGGCAUCAGCGCUCCUUGCUACGAUGAUGUUGAGAUGCUCACAGAGUUCACCUGGGAUGAUCACAACAUCAGGAGAGUCUUCAUCCGGAAGGUGUACACCAUCUUAUUGGUCCAGCUUUUGGUAACUGUAGCUAUUGUGGCUCUAUUCACUUUCUGCGACCCUGUGAGAGACUACAUCCAGACCAACCCUGGAUGGUACUGGGCUUCAUACGCUGUAUUCUUUGUCACCUAUCUGACUCUUUCUUGCUGCUCUGCACCCAGGAGGCAGUUUCCAUGGAAUCUGAUUCUGCUCACCAUCUUUACCUUGUCGCUUUCGUACAUGACAGGAAUGUUGUCCAGCUACUAUAACACCAAGUCGGUGGUGAUGUGUCUGGGGAUCGCAGCAGCGGUCUGUCUCGUGGUCACAAUCUUCAGCUUCCAAACAAAGUUUGACGUGACCUCCUGCCAUGGUAUGCUGUUCAUGUUCUGUUUGGUUAUGUUCAUCUCUGGACUGGUGUUGGCUGUUGUGCUCCCGUUCCAGUAUGUUCCUUGGUUGGAUGCCAUUUAUGCUUCCCUGGGAGCCAUCCUGUUUACUAUGUUUUUGGCAUUUGACACCCAGCUGCUUAUGGGGAACAAGCGGUACACCAUGAGUCCAGAAGAAUACGUCUUCGCCACGCUCAGCAUCUACCUGGACAUUGUGUACAUAUUCUCCUUCUUCCUCCAGAUCUUUGGAGCAAAACGGGAUUAAACCCCCUUUCAAACCCUCCGGCACCAUCAUGAAAAUAUAAACACAGAGAGCUAAGUAUUUUAAAUGUAGGUGGUUGUGGUGACAGUAUAUAUUUAUUAUUGAUGCCUCAUUUUACCCUUUGAAAUAAUGAAUACUCUGUGAAUCCACGGCUUAGACUUAGACUCUCAGUGAUUCCUGAUGUUUCUCUGCUCUGGGGUGUCCUUAUGCAGAGUAUUGGUGUGGUGUGUACACAUCUUGUGCAAAAGAGAGUUUCCUUUUAGAGUGAAUUUAACACAUAGGGUAACGCUUAGCUGUAACUCUGUAGAGUCAAUCCAUCUUUUAGUUUUUGCCGUGGGUAUUUAUUAGACUGAAACACACAGGAGACUUUACAAAAACACAUUUAAAAUAUACAUACAUUAUUUUAUUUUUGCAGUAUUGGUGGUGUACUUGUUUUUAUGGGUUUUGAAAAACAGUCAUAACAUUUUUUUACAUCAAGUCAGAUUAUGCUGCUUUAUCUUAUCUGAUUUGUUGAACCAUGGCAGUUCCAACCGUACUUCAAGGAUCCAGGGUGACGCAACGCUUGUGUGUGAACUGUUUAACGCGUGUUUGAACUCAAAUCUUUGGAUUGAAGAUUGAUUGUAGAUUUCUUUCAGGAACUAUUUUUAGAUUGAGCCUUAUAGGUUUCAGUUUUACUUAUGUGUGACCCUUGAGUCAGUUUGAAGUGAUAAUGAACAAUAAAUAUAAACGUAACAGUGCCAAACGUGCAAGAAUUUACUGUAACUUUCAUAGGGGCCUGUGUUUUUUGAAGGAACUCAAAGGCUGUUGUUUACUGGCAUUGAAAGUUUAUUUUUCUAUGACAGAAUGAUAUUUUCAGAAAGUAUGGUGUAAAAAUUGCACGUUUGCUUAAAAUGAAUUUAUUUAUGGAAAAUGUUAUUUUAUUACCUUUAUUUUUAUCACAUUGAUGUAAUAAUGAUUUAGGAGGAUAGUAGAUUUGGCGUUCUUGAUUUAAAUGAUCAAAGGGUGUUAGAUGAAGCUCAUCAGUUCUCUCUGAUUUAAUAAACUGUCAACACCUCUAUUAUUUACCUUUUAUUCAUUGUUUACUGAUAAUGAAGUCCAAAGAAAGAAAAUGGUCUAAUCCUGUAAAUAGACCCAAAUAUAAUUAAUUAUAAAAUGACAGAUACAUAGUUUUAUUUGCACUUCUAAAAGAAAUGUUUGAGCAGGUCUAUACACUUGUAAUAAAUGUUACCACAUACAGGAAGGCAUCUCUGCUGCUCCUUACACAGCUUAUUUGUUUCUAAAACCACAUGUGCACGUAUUUGCAUCUCGUCACAGGAUGCUUCUGCUCUGAUGGUAGGUAGAAGAUGGAGUAGAGGCAGAGCUGCAGCAGCAGCAGGUCUGUAAAGAGAGGCAGGCUGGUUAAUCAAACCAGAGACUUCUGAUCACUGCAUGGGGUUGAGGUGUUCCAGUAGAGGAGGUAAAUGUAGAAAACCUAAAAGUUGAGUUUGUGUCAUGGAGUUUUACAGAAGAUGAGUUCAUUAGCGGAACAAGGACCAUGCAGGCAAGGGGGUGUGUUAGGUAGGUUUUCACAGAAGAGAGGGGAACAGAGGAGCUUUAUUCAGGUGAGUUGGAGAUGGGGGAUGAUUGCAGGAUGGAGGCGGAGUAACCAGGUGGGUUGAAAAAACUGAGACAGUGUGAAAACUACAGAUAGAGAACAUUUGGUCUAUAGAGACAAGAGGAGGCAACUAAAACAGGUCAGUUUAGGACCAAAGCGAAAUUCACAGUGAAGAAUUGAAAUACCUAAUCCUAUUUUUUUUUUUUUAUUUAAAUGAUUUAUCCUCUGUGACGGGGGAAUCCUGUUUCUCGGGGACCACUAUCCAGCAUGUAUUCGUUUUUUUUUCUGCUUCAACACUUGAUUUACAGCAUGCGAUAGACAGGCUUCUGCAGAUUGAUGAACAGAUAUUCAACCAUUGAAUUGUUAGGGUUGCUGGAGGGAAACAACUAAAACAUUCUGGAUAGCAGCCCUCGAGGACCAGGAUUCCAUCAGCCCAACUACUGAUGCCUUAGCAGUAGGCUAAAAAUACAGAACAAACAUUUAAAGACAAGAGUCAUAAUCAUCAAGGCAGGCCUCAUGGGCCAAAAAAUACCCGUGAUUUUUUCAAUAAAACAAUGCAAAGAC